AUGAGUGGAAUGAACAGAGGAGCAGGGAGGAUAGUUGAAGAACUCUCCAGAAAGCAUCUCAGCGAGCUGGGCGGAAGCGCCGAACAGGAGCCUAUCCACACCAAAAGACAGAAAAUAGGCUUUGGAAAGAUGUGUAGGAGCGACUUGACUAGAUUGAUUGGGAAUGUGGACGUUCUAAAGAAUGAGGACUCUGAUGAAAGAUACGUAGUUCUCAAUAGGUCCUUUCUCAACUCGUGCAUGGCGCUGGCGAGUCAUGGAGCAAGCCUGGGGCCGCUAUUUUUGCAGUACGAAAAAUUCAUCUCCUUCAUUAAAAGGUCUAAGGACUCGGCUGCAGGCUAUGAUGUCGAAGACAUUAGAGAGUUUAACUUCUCACUAUACGACUUCGAGCCCUUUGGAGAAGAGGAGGAAGUCGACAUGCUCGGAGGCACGAAGGAUGGGCAGCACAAGUGCUCGCAAGGAGAGAUAUACAAGUUUCUUACGAGGCACUUUGGAGUGGUAUGUCCGGAUGUCGUGGUGAACGACGACUUUAUGAACUCUUUAGAGGCAUUUCGGAGGAUGGAGAAGAUGGCAGACUUCCCGUUCAGUAAGCCGCUGAGGUUUGGGAAAGGUCCUGGAAUGUCGUUUUCUAUGUCGAGAAGAGAGGAUGUGGGGAACCACAAUAGAAAGGUGUUCGAGGCGCUAACGGCGUUGAGAAAGGACAGAAAUGCCUUGGAAUAUGUAAAGAACCCUGAAUUCUUUGAGGACAGCUCUGAAGAAGAGCAGCAUUCGGGAAACAGAUACGUGAUUAGAGAGGUGGUAACCUGCAAAUUCUACCUGAAUGGGAAAUAUGACUUCUUCGGGAAUCUUACCCUACGGGGGUUUUCAAGAGAUGGGCUUCGGUAUGUUAACAUGAGAGACGGAAGAAAGGUCAUUUUCAGGGACCUCGAGAAAAGUCAAGUGAAGCUAACCUAUAGCAAAGGGGAGGAUGUACUUUAUAUGCUUGUGAUGGAGACCAUGAUGAUUUACAAGAUUGUUUGCAGACAUCCUGCGAUUGCUCUGAAUAUAUACGAGCAUCUGAUGGGAGCUGAGGGUAGUAAUUAA